AUGUCUCAUGCGGUUGUGAGCUUGAAUGCGACAUCUUGGGCAAGGACCGCGGUGGGUUUGGCCACUAAGCCGCCAAGCUGCAAAAAGACGUUUCUGGCCACCCUCCGUGGCAGCGGUGGAGGGAAGACCCGGGCUCUCGAAGAGCUUCGCUGGGAGCUCCUGAACUUGGCGGGCGUUUUGCCACUGGCAAUCGCGUACAACUCACAUAUGAGUUUGAUAGCAGCAGAGCUGAGAAUCAGCACAAAUGAUGAGCUCAACUUCGCGAUGACAGUGGUGGCACGGCUGGCAGCGGUGUUUUACGGGAAGCCUUUGGAUGAAAUCCUGGACGUGCUCCUGCGACGAGCAUGGAGUGGUGGCUUGAAGUAUCCCAUUCAGCUCAUCCGUGCCUUCAUCCGCCACGUUGUUGCUAAGUUAGAUGUGGAGGUGAAGACCAUCGUGAUUCUGGCAGACGAAGCAGCAAGAGCAGAAGAGCAGAUAGCUUUGCACGUCACCAGCGUUCUCCGCCAGGCCAUCUUGGACGAGAGCAUCCUCCAAGAUGUUGACGCCACUCUUGUGAUCUCUUCAUUGACCCUGUCUCCGGCAGUCCUUGACCUGGUCCAAGGUUCGGUGCCGUGCUGUCUGGCAGGAUUCCCAUGGAUUCCCCACAUUUUGGAACUUUCGGAGCGCUUGGAUGAGCGGGAGGUCGUGACGUCUUGGUGGGAAAGAAAUGGGACUGAGUUUGCGGCAGCAGCCCUUUCAGAGCUUCCUCGCUUGCUGGAGUUUGCAGCGGGGUUUCUCGUAAAGCUCCCAAAGAAUGUGGCCCUCAAUCCGAGCAACGUCGCGGAGCUCUUCCAGCACGUGCGUGAGGAGCUGAGAGGGCGCUACACACUGAAGCUUCCUCCGGCUGCAGACCUCUUUGCCGCUGUUUUCGGAGAAGAAACGACGCGAAACGCCACUGUCAUGACCUACAUCAAGCGGAGCAUCUUUGUGAAUACCGUGCGAGAGGUAGAAAUGCCAGGCUUUGAUGGUACUACCGACCUCCAAAUCAAGCCCAUUCUCUCACUUCUUCUGAUAAGUGCGGCUGCGAAGGCAGACACAAGCCCGUCCAGCUUCGCCAAGUGGCUGAGUUCCCGGAGAACAUCAAGCAGACGAAGGGAGGCCUCUGGAGUGCUGUGCGAUGUGGGGGGAGACGACCGCAUUUAG